GUCACAUAAAAGUAAAUUUCAAACUUAAGGUACGGGUGUUACAACAUGCAAAUAACUAAUUUUACCAAAAACUACCCAACCAUCAUAGUACUCCCUCAGCAACAUCAUCCGCGGCGUCGUAAUCCAGCUCCUCGAUUUCGCAGAGGCGACAGCCAUGGCGAAGAGAUCCGCCGAGAAGCUCUUCAAAUACCUCGAUAUGUACGAGGCGCUCCAAUUCCUCCUCCCUACCAUCACCGGCCACUCCUGCUGUGGAGAUCUCGUCGACGAAGUCUCCGACGAAAUCGACCGCAUCGGAGAAUCCGCCGUCCGCAAUUUCUGCGAUCUGGAAAAUUCAAUCAAAGCCGACGCCGGUCGAGUCUCGGUCCCCGGCGGUGCAAUCCACCCCCUAACUUGGUACGUAAUGAAUUACCUCAAACACACCUGCGAUUACAAGGACACACUACAGAAAAUCUUCGAGAAACACACGAAAUUAGCGAAGAAUUUCUCCGAAUCAAUCAGUCUAGAUCUGGAAAAGGAGAGCUUAAGCCCUCACAACUUCGAAACCAUGGCCGGAACGACGCCGUUUUCCAUCCAGGUAGUAACGGUGAUGGAUCUCCUCGACGGAAAUUUGGAUAAGAAAUCGAAGCUGUACCGCGAUCCGGCGCUCCGCCACAUCUUCCUGAUGAACAACGGCAGAUACAUCCUGCAAAAGGUGAAAGGCGCGAGUGAGAUCCUCGAUGUCACGGGCGACCAGUGGUGCCGGCGGCGAUCGACGGUGGUGAGGCAGUACCACAAGAACUACCAGCGGGAGAUGUGGAACAAAGUGCUGCAGACGCUGAAUCAGGAUGGGCUGCUAGUGAACGGGAAGCCGAACAAGCAACUGAUAAAGGAGAGGUUCAAGGUGUUCACGGCCACGUUCGAGGAGAUAAACCGAUCGCAGACGGCGUGGAUUGUCAGCGACGAGCAGCUGCAGUCGAAGCUGAGGAUAUCGAUCGCAGCCGUGCUGAUCCCGGCGUACCGGGCAUUCGUGGGGAGGUUCCGGCAGUAUAUGGAUAGCACGAAGCAGGCGGAUAAGUACAUCAAGUAUCAGCCGGAGGAUGUGGAGACGACGAUCGAGAAGCUUUUUGAGGGGAAUAGUAUUUCGAUGAUGAGGAGGAAAUAGUUCUUGUCAUGUUCUUGAGGAUGAAAGCGAAGGUGAAGAUGAAGAAGAGGACGAAGACGAAGAGCCACGCACGGUGGGAUUUGUAACGGAUCAGUUUCUCCCAGUUAGUGACGGAUUAGUGAUGGAUUUGUGACCCGGUAAUUAAAACCGUCAAAAAUUUGACGGAACCAUCCAAAAUGGACCAAAUGUGAUCCGAUUUCA